UGUGCCAACGGGUCAAAAUCACGAGGGGGUCCCAGAUGGGAUAGCUCAUGCCAUUCAGGAAAAUGAGAAUAAACAUCUGUUGGAUGGUUCUCGGAAGGGAGAAAGUGCUUUACUGUCUGAUAAACAACCACAUGCGGAUGUUUGUAGAGAAGCAUGGGGAACCUUUCUGGACUGUUGGUUUUCCUCCUAACUGUGUACUCAGUAAAUUCUCUGAAGUGUUAUGUGUGCAGUUCCACUCCAUCUAACGAGCACUGCAACAGAAAUGCAGAGGAGUGUCAGGCUCCUCUUGAUACCUGCAUGACCACUGUGGACAUACUGGGUGAAGUGAAAGCAAUUGUGAAGCAGUGUUCCAGUUUGAGAACAUGUGCAGGGGCUGCAGGCACUGCCUCACUCGAUGCAAGUGGAAAUGGCAAUGAAGUUACAUGCUGUAGCAGUCACCUGUGCAACUUCAGCACUGCACCAACCAUUCAGCUGUGCACGUGGCUACUGAGUCUACCCCUGUGUCUACUCAUCCUACUCAUUAAACAAGAUGGUUAAAAGAUACACAAACUCAGCUCUAUUCAGUUUACACUUUUAUCUGACUGAAGCACACACUGCAAGUGCUCAAUAUUAAAAGGCCAGUUAAUUUUUUUCAGAGCACUGAAGUUUAAGAACCCUGCAUUAGGUUUGGUAAUGGAGAUCAAUAAGAACAUGGUCUUUUGUGGAUUUUAACGAAUGUUGUUCACACUCUGGAGAAUGCAUUACCAACCAACCAAGUUAAUUCAUUAAUUACAUACACGUACAGGGAAGACAUAAUUGCACUAAUAACACAAGUUUUCAUUCUUAAGCCGUUAAGCCGUUAAGCCGUUUCUGUUAAUGACAGUUCACUUAGUAGAUGCCGUCAUAUAUGUUUAACCAUUAAGUUACCACUCACAGAAGAAUAACUUGGGGUCUCAUAUGUUAAUGUAACAGUUCUGUUUAAUUCCUGAUGAAUGUCUAUUGGCAAAUAAAAAGUGCUCAAAUAUUCCAAAUAAAAUACAACCAAGUAUUAUUUACUACACCCGCACAUGUAUUCUUACUCAGGAAGAGAUUUAAAUCUUGCAU